AUGGCUCUCCCAGAGGGGGAAGGUGACCUGCAUCAGGUGGUUAUCUUCGAAUCCACGGAAUACGAUACCCACGCCGGUUCCCAGACACUGAAAAGCCAAGCAUCUCUGGAGGCCACCUGCUCGGGUGAGCCGAGUCUAAACGCUGAAGUUCCACACCUCCCCGGGUCCGGGUCUCCCCAAGCCAAAGCAAUCGGCGCGCACGCCAAGGAUCCAGGUGGAGAGAGGGCGAGGGGAGGGGGCGGCAAGCCGCAGCUUGGAACCGGCCUGCGGCGGAGGCGAGCGGAAAAGACCCAAGACCGGCAUUCCCAAACACAAAAUGGUGGCGCCGAGGCGGAGGCAGGCGCACCUGGGGGCGCCACACGCCCCGGCGGGCCCUCGCAGAUCGCCGCCAGCUGGACGCGCGCCCUGGGCCCUAGCGGCCCGCACUGGUCUGCGCCAGGCCCAGCCCGCACGGGCCGCCCACAGCCGGCGGACCGCGUCGCAGCUCGGUGUCCGCGGGGCCAGUGCCGGCGGGGACGCAGGGCCCGGCGCGGCCGCCUCGGCCUCACCCCGCGGUCCGCGCCCGGGAUGGGGAGCGCACUCACCUCAGACGCGCCCCGGGUGCCGCUGGAAGAGCCCGGGAAAGGAGGCGGAGCCGCGCGAAUGAAUGGAGCCGGCGGCUGCUCGCUAGCCACCUCCGGCCAGCCCCGGGCCGCACCGCUCGCAGCUGCCAAGGCGGGUGCGGCCACCUCCCGCUCUCCCCGAACGCCCGGCUCCUCGUCGCGGGUCGGCCGCGGCCCACCGUGCCCUCCGCCGACGUGACGCACUAGCGCCGCAGCGCCUCCAGCCUUCGCUUCCGCGCAGCGCCCGCGCCCACCGCGAAUCCCCCCGCCCGCCUGUGCUGCGCGGCCCCUCCUCGGCGCCGGGGACGCCGCCCUGCCUCCCUCCAGCCCCGGCUGUCAGACGCCGGCCCUGCAGGUGCGGGCUACGCCAGCCCUGGGGCGCCACACGGCCCCUCGCCUCGCCACCCGCGCCCCCUCUCUCUCCGCCCCGGCCGCCGUCACCCGGCAGCGCCCAGCUUAGGGCGAUGGUCUGGUAUUAAAGAGUGACCUUGGCUUAGAUAUAAAAAUAGAUGCGGUUAAGCCGCGGGGGCUACGACGCUGAAUUUGUGUGUUCCUUUAAUGCCGACCUUCGCAGGAUCCCGUUCGCACAGCCUGGCGGAGUUCUCCAGCCUGGGGCAGGCACUCCUGAAAUUUACCCAUGGUGGGCGCGGCCAUCCUGGCCUCCGGACAGGGGUGCAGACGGCGCGGGCGAGGACCACGGGCCUCAGCCCUGCCACCUCCAUCCUAAACCUACUGCCACUUAGGAACAUGCCAGGAAGACUCGUGGGCUUCUUUCACAGUCUGGAGAAGCCCUAGAGCCCCGACUUUCAUCUUGAGAAGUCAGGGAGAGACCAAAUUCCUGCGUUGACCUUUUCUCUUUCACUGUCUAACCGGCACCGACUAACUCUGACCUAGAAAGACAACAGGGUUCCAUCGGGCUUUCCUCUCCUCCCUUUCCAAGCUCAAUUCAACCGUCUUGUGGCCUCUGGCGCCUUUGCUAAUAGCACACUCCUACUGUAAAAAUUAGCCCUCCAGUAUUUAAAACAUGAUAAAUUGUCUUUAAAGUAUGCAUAUUGUAGCCUAAAUAUACUUAAUAAAUGUAUUGA